UGGACGGCAGCACGGAGAGCAGCGCCUCGCUCAGCUCCGCCAUGACAGCGGCUCUCUGCGGCCCCGCCCGCGGACACACCCCGACCAAUCAGCGCCCGCCGCGGCACCGGCCAAUCCCGGCGGGGCUCGGGGGCGUGGCCAUGGCGCGGAGGGGCGUGGCCAGGCUCCCGGCGCCAGCCAAUGGGAGCGCGCGGCGGGCGGCGCGCGGGAGAUUUGAAUCGCGGCGGCGGCCAGCGCGGGGCCGCCAUGGGCGCCGCCGGCAGCGCCCCCGCCACCCCCGCGCCGCCCCGCGCCCGCCGCCCGGAGCACGUCCGCGACCCGCGCUCGCCCAGCGCCGGCAUCCUGCGCACCCCCAUCGAGGUGCUGAGCUCCCCCGCCGCCCCCAGCCCGCAGCACGGCCCCGCCGCGGAUCCUCGGUCUCCGACGCCCGGCAUCUCCCGCACGCCCAUGAAGGAGGCGCUGAGCGACAGCCUGCAGCGCCUGGUGGAGCAGCUCAGCGAGGCCUUCGGCGCACACAGCGAGUCGCCGGUGGCUGCACGGCCCCGCCAGGAGCCGGCCGCGGCCCCCCGGGGAGAGGCGGAGCGGCCCCCGUCGCCUGCAGCGUGCUGCGAGGCCACCCCCAAGGCUGCGCGCUCCGCAGGGACGGCCCCAGCCGCGGGGAGCAAGUAUGCAAGACGUAAGGCUGGCAACAAAAUCCUGGUAACAUCUGGAGGAAACAGCCGUUCUCCCUUCAGCGUCCUACAAGAUGAUAAUUCCCCCAGUGCUUCUGCACCUCGCCAGGUCAAGAGGCAUGUGUUGGGAGAGAACCUUGGGGAGAAGGAAAUAGUGGCAGCGGAUCUGAGCAGGAACCUCAAAGCUGGGAACUGUCCUUGGAGCGACUUGAACAAAGAGAACCAGCAGUGUCCUUUUGUGGAGAACUAGGGACUUCCUUUCCCAGGAUCUUGCUGUAAUUUGCUUCUGUGCUUUGAGUAUCUUCCUGGGUGAGGAAUCCUGCAACAGACUGGAACUCCAGACUUGUCACUUUUCCCCUUUCUGUGUUGGGGGAAAAGGGAAAGAGCAUUCUGUCAUAGCUUUGCAUGUGCUAUGUACAGUACAGGCUUUGGCUUUCUGUGUUGGCUGUAUUGACUGUACAGUUCUUACCUGUAGUAAAUAAAUCUAUAUACCUUU